AUGGAUCCAGUAGGACCAUGGUCAGCCUAUUCAUACAAUCGGUUAGCAGGGGUUCAGGCCGGUGCUGCAAGUGGAGAUUUUCAUCACCACCUAGCAAGUGGUGGUUCUGGAUUAGGCAGCCAAUCAGUGCCAUCUACUACAAGUCAGUUGCUAUUACAAGCAGCUCAUACAACAGCAUCAUUAGCAGGACAGCUUGGUUCAAGUACAGCACCAUUUAACCCUGCAGGAUUUCUGUCUCCACCGGCAGUUGGGUAUGAUGCAGUGUUUUCUCCACUGUUUCAUCAUGCAAACCCAAAACCUGCACACUAUAGUUCUUCCGCUCUGCAAGCACAGCACCGACAAGUUAUAGCUCAAGCUCAGGCAGCAGUUGCCUCUAAACAAUCUUCUGUGGAAUCAGAACUCUCAUCUUUAAGAGAAAAUUAUUCUCAUCAAACAUUAGCAGCACAAGGAACCUCAUUUUUUGAUCAGUCUUCAACUCCAGGCAGCACUACAGGGUUAAGUUGGCAAGGAAACAAUCAACUGCCUAGCCCAUUUGGAAUUUUACCACAUGAAAGUGUUGUGCCUUCUUCUCCAAGCCCAGCUACGACUAAAGCAUCAGCAACUUAUGAAAAUUUUAAUGCACACUUUGCUGCAGCACAAACUCUCAAUAACCAUCUCAACUCACAGAUUUCUAGUGCUGGUAAACAGACAAAUAGGUCUGGGUCGCCAGCCACUGCAUCUAAACAACCAGCAACUUCAACAUCAUCAACAUUUUUUCAAUCUCCUUCUUUUGGAAACCAGAACGAUAAUUCAUAUAGUACAAGCAGUGCAAAGAGUGGUCAACUUUCAUCACAACAGGAUUAUGCAGGAAGUAAGUCCUAUUCAAGUUCUGCAAGUUCAACUGUUCAUUCACAGCAAUCGUGUAUAGUGUCAACUCCACCAGUCACCUCUUCCUCUUCUCCUGCCAGUAAAGAUUAUAGACCCACAUCCAGUUCUACCCCAAGGCCCUCGGCAUCCAUUUAUAAUUCACAAUCUCCCAAAAAUAAUAGUAAUGAAAAGUCUUCAAGAACAAAUAGUAUAAGUAGUUUUGUGUCUCCUACAGUCAAACCUUCUCAAGUACAGACUAAGGCUCAAAGUAAAAUAUAUCCAGAAAUAAGUACUAAUGAUCAAAGAAAGAGUUGUGAUUCCAAUGAAAAAGUACAACCACAGUCAUCCCCAAUUAGUUAUUCAAUAAUGGAUGCACCUGGUAGAUUAAAUUACAGUAGUAGUAGUGGUGGUAAUUCAACUAAACCAAAUAGAAUAAAUAAUUCCCAGUAUUCCACUACUCAGAAUUCUAGUUUUAGACAUUAUCAAAGUGGGAAUAAUAUUGAAUCUGAUUACCAUGUCAGAGCCAAAAGCAGCUCCAGUACAGAUACUGGAUAUUCUAGUAGUAGUUCACAAAAUGGUCCAGAUUGUGGAGUGGUUGUGCCUAGGAGACCAAGUCCCUCCCAAGUGGCACCACAAACUUCUCCCUUAGAUCAUGGUUCUAGUCCUGCAUAUCCUAUGUACCACAGUCCUAUGAACUCAAUAAAUUCUCCACAACAACAUGGUGAUCACUAUAACAAAGUGACUAAUACUGCACCUAGAUCUCCGUUAGAUGCAUCUGUAACCAGAUCACCCUCUCAAAACAGUCAAGUAGCUUACCCCUCAGUAAUAACUAGAGCUUUAGGUCUUGAACAAACUAAAUCUUAUAAUGAAAGUAGAUAUGAAAGAAAUCAAACUUCCAGUCAAAGUUGUUGGGAGAGUGAUAGACACACACCCAGAAAAUUUUCUAGCAAUAGUACUAGUUAUAAUAAUGGUGGUUUAACAGUAAAUACUCAUAACGAAGAACCUGUUUCUCAAUCUUCCAGUAGAAUUAGUAUACCAGACAAACAACAAAACUAUUUUGAUGGUAGUAAUGUUGCAUUACAAGAUCUUUCCAGUUGUCGUGGUGAUCCUAUGAGUAUAGUAAAAAACUUACAAAGUCUUCAACAAAGCUGUCAAUUACAAGAUACAAAAACAAGUAAAAGUCAAGCUCCAGCAUCAACUUCUGUUACACCAAGUAAAAUACCCCCUAGAAGAAAAAGUGUUGAUAAACCUGUCCCCCACACAAAUAUGAAUGAAUUGUCAAAUGUGGUUAUGGCUGAUUAUUUAGCAAAUAGAAUCCCUCCACCUGCACAUAGUUCCACUAGUAAUCAACAACAAAAUGGUAGCUAUUUUGAUUUUGAGAGGUGGAAUCUUCCACCACCUCCACCUAAAAUGUUUCCUGGCACUUCAGCUUUUGGUUCACAAGCUCCCUUACAUGCAACAAAUUUUGCUAAUCAACACCAAGCACUAGGCAUGCCACAUGGACACACCCUUACUUAUUUUCCACCCUUUCAUCUUGGCCCCCAUCCUGAAUUCCAGUCUUCAGUGGAGUUAACACCAUUGUCGUCAUUUAGCGAGACUCCACCUUCGGCUUCCUCGUCAUCGUUUUCGACGCCUGAAACACGUGAAGAGGAACAGCCCAAGGUGGUAGUACCAAAUAUAGAGGAAGAACUUGGUUUCCUUGCAGAACAACGAGCAAAUACUGCAUCGUCGGUAGCACCCUCUUCACAGCAGCAGAACAUUAACAGCACUUCACAAGACGCUACUUCAAAAAUAAUGGAUAAAAAAUUUAAUGUUCCUGUCACGGGUCCCGGUUCAGGAUUCAUGGCUUCUUACUUGAAGUUUUUACAAGGAGAGCGUGAUACUUCUCCUCCGCCGGCUGGCAGAGGUGCCAGAAAGUCGACGUGGUCUAGAACUACCAAUAAUACAACAAAUAAUAAGCCCUAUGCUCAAAAUGAUCAUAAUAAAAGUCAGUGUGAUACUAAUCAAACACAAAGCGCAAAUGGAGCUAUGGCGCCAACGAACGUGAUUAACGCAGGUAUGUCACUUAGUAACCCAGUCAUGAGCUCUUCCGCCAGUAUGAGCAGUACAGGCUUGUUAGGUGCUAAUCAAAUACAUGGCGCGGCAACGAAUCUUCUUACGUCUCAGACAAAAGAAGACGAUGCCCGUUAUUAUAAUUUAAAUAAGGAUAGAAAACGAAAAUAUGAUGGUAGUGAAGAAGCAGCAUAUGAUGCAGAAGAAGAAGCUAGACGACUUAACAAGCCAGUGCUUAAUGUGCCUAGUACGCCUUUGAAUGAUAAAGGAAAGAACAAGGGUCGAACAACAAUGAACAAGCCGACACCGUCGGCGGUAGUGGCGCCUCAGCCGGCCGCGCCUAAGAAGCCACGACCUCCUGCGCCGCCACCCGUGACGUCGCUGCAGGCAGCGCCACAGCAACAAUACUAUUAUCAACACCAGCCUGAUGAAGUUGCAGCUCAUGGGGCUAACAUGGGUUAUGGGUUGUAUGGCACGACAGAUACUGACAAUAAAGGAAACAGAAAUAUGCAGCAUAUGAAAUCUCAUCAACAAGUUUCCAGUAGUGGACAAGUAGACAACUCAAGACCAAUCGAAGAAAUGCCUUAUCAGUCUGGAGAAUUUAUAGCCCUAAAAGCAGAAUUAAACGAAAUGUGGCCCGCCAUUUGGAGAGUUGAUGGGAAGACAUUAUUACAAAAGUAUGAACCUUUUGAAGAAAAUGGAAAAGUAUUAUAUCGUAAUAUAUCUACAUAUACCGUAUGGAAUCCCGAAAACAAGAAAUUGUACACACAAAUACCCGUAAAAGUGAGGUCACAAUCUCACCUGGAAACUAUAGUAGAGUUAGUUAGAAGUGAACUUCCAUUUGAUGAUUGUAGUUUUAUAGAGAAGAGGAUGUUAGAGACUCAGAUGUAUCAAGAGAACUUUGAAGUUUAUAUACAAACUUUAAUAUCUCACGCAUUAGACCCCAAUUUUCUUACGGAAAUAUUUCAAGAACAAGACGAGUAUUUCCUUUCCAACGUCAAAACGGUGGACGAGGUAACGGAGACGAUGCGGUCGCGCGUGUCGGGCGGCGCGGGGGGCGGCGGCUCGGGCGGCGCGCGCACGCUGGACGCGGCCGUGGGCACGUGGCCCGGCCUCAGCGUGGCGGCCGGCACGGGCGUGUGCCGCGCCUGCGCGAGGCCCGCCGUGGCGCGCCUGCUGCUCUACGGCCAGCCCUACAAUCCCGCCACGCUCGAGCCCGUCCAGCCUGAAGCGAGACUCGCUUACGAGAAGGAGUUCCUGGUGUGUGCGACGUGUUGCAGUCGUGUACAAUUAUACUCAAGGAUAUCACAUCAAAAGUAUUUAAUGUACGCCGAGUGCAGUAAACGAGUCGCCGAAAAGAGGAUGCAAAAUCCCAGCAAGGAUACAACUGUGAUUCUUAAUGAGCUGUUAGCCGAUGAAAGCUGGUUAUCUCAGCUGUUCCGCGACGUGCGGCACUCGUGGGCGGAGGCGGAGUCGUGGGAGCGCAAGCUGCGCCACGCCAUGGCGCGCCAGAUGGUGUAG